UGUCCCUGGAACUUCAGAAAUUCAUCACCUUUUUGUGGACAUUCAAAGCCGCUGUCCACUGACGGUUUAUCCCCAUGCUGCUGAGAUGUGGCUGUGCAAGCAGAGGGGUAACCGCAGCCUUACGCUGCCGCUGGUCCAGGCUGAGGGUCUUGAGCCAGCUGUGACCAGCUUUGGGAUUGCUGUGGCUGCACUUACAGUAGGUGGCAUGUUCGAUACCGUGCAGAGGAGUACCCAGUGGACCACAGACUGGGCGCUUCUGCUCCUCCAGAUAAUCACUUCGGGAACUGUUGAUAUGCAGACCAACAACGAGUUGUUCACAACCGUGCUGGAUAUGCUGGGCGUCCUCAUCAACGGGACGCUUGCCUCCGACUUGUCAAACGCUUCACAAGGAGGGCCCGAGGAAAACAAGAGGGCUUACAUGAAUUUAGUGAAAAAAUUGAAAAAAGAGCUGGGAGACAAGCGGUCAGAAAGCAUUGACAAGGUUCGCCAGCUGCUCCCUUUGCCAAAGCAGACGUGUGAUAUUAUUACUUGUGAGCCAAUGGGAUCCUUGAUCGACACCAAGGGGAACAAAAUUGCAGGAUUUGACUCCAUUGAUAAGAAACAGGGUCUUCAGGUUUCAACAAAACAAAAGGUGUCCCCUUGGGAUUUAUUUGAAGGUCACAAAAAUCCUGCUCCUCUCUCCUGGGCAUGGUUUGGUACAGUUCGUGUCGACAGGAAAGUGAUAAAGUAUGAGGAGCAGCAGCAUCUCCUCCUGUACCACACGCACACCAAACCCAAGCCACGGAGUUACUACCUCGAGCCCUUGCCCCUUCCUCCAGAGGAGGAGGAGGAAGAGCCCACCACACCUGUCUCUCAGGAACCAGAAAGAAAGUCAGGAGAGCUCUCAGAUCAGGGAAAACUUGCCGCGGACGAUGAGAAGAAGACAAAGGGCAGGAAGCGAAAGUCAAAGUCAAGCUCAAGGGCUGAUGAAUAUCCGCAGAACAACUUAUAUAGAGUGCCUCCCACUUAUUCACCAAUUUCCUCUCAAAUGAUGCACCAUCCUCAGUCUGCCUUGUGGGGGUACAACAUCAUGGGGCAGCCGCAGCAGCCCGGCUUCUUCGUGCCGAACCAGCCCCUCCCACCAGGUGGUUCCAGGCUGGAUCCGACGGGCUCCUUUGUUCCAACUAAUACGAAGCAAGCCCUGUCGAACAUGCUGCAGCGGCGCUCUGGCACCAUGAUGCAGCCCCCCUCUAUCCAUGCAAUCACGCCUCAGCAGCAAUUGCUCCAGAUGAAACUCCUGCAGCAAGAGCAGCAGCAGCAGCGGCUCCUCAGGCAGCAAGCACAGUCACGGUCUCUCCAACAG